AUGCCUCAUGCAACUAUGAAGAAUCAUUUAAGAGUAUUUCUUAUAUUUGGCAUAUUUUACAUAUUCCAAGGAUGUGAUUAUUUCGAUACCGUUGACCUUACAAACAGCAUUAAAUUUGAAAAUGGAUCAUAUCAGUACGAAGAUGUAUUGAUACCAAAAGAAAAAACGCGGGAAUACGAUUACCAAAUUUUAUUUAAUGGCGAUUACGAAACAGUGCCCAAGCAUAUAAGGGGUUGUGUAUGUCAUUUAAAAACGUGCAUACGUUUUUGCUGUAAUCCAAAACAAUUGCUUUUAAAAGAUAUAAAUGACUUGGAGUUCAUGGUGCAACAACAUCUUCCUGUACCUUGUCAUGAUCACUUGUAUCUUGAACCUGACAAUCCAGACCACGCCUGGACUUUAUACGAAAAUGGCAAACUUCUCAGACAUUUUGACAGCGCUCUACUUACAAAACAGGAUUAUUGUUUCCAGCCCCGAAAAUUUCAAGAUAUCUACAAGCUUGUGCCGUAUCAUUGCGUUAAACCUCCAGACCGUUCUAACGCUUACCUGCAAUUGGUAUCGAUAUUCUUCUUACUUAUGGUCAUAAUUGUGUAUUUGAUUUUACCGAAUUUUAAAGGAGAUUAUUUUAAAUGCUGUAUAUGCUACUUCAGUUGUUUGACCCUAAGUUCUAUACUUCUUGUUAUUGUAAGAUGUGAUUGGAUCAACCUACAUCAAAAAGUAUUGUGCCUGCUAACAGGAUAUAUUGGUUAUUACUUUGUUAUAUCUACGUUUCUCUGGCUUUUAAUUAUAAACUACGAUUUAUGGAAAACAUUUAACAACAUUGGGAUAAGUCACGGGUCAAAACUUUACAAAUAUAAUAUCUUUGCUUGGGGCGUUGCAGCAGUACAACUUUUAUUAACACUUUUUGUUGAUUUUGUAAUUGGAAAUUCAAGCUGGUCACCUAAUGUCGGAAAAUAUUAUUGUUGGAUUGAUGCCACAUCUUGGUCGUCGAUAAUCUACUAUUAUGGUCCAAUUAGCAUUUACUUAACAUUGAACACAACAUUAUUUAUUAUUACCGCCUCUAAGAUAUUCUUUCAAAAUAGGACCAAUAGACGUCAACUAACCCAAUCGGAGCGUCAACGAAAUUUGAGGACUCUGACUAAGUACCCUCUUUCUCUUGUUCUUAAUUAUACCACUCACUUUUUUUUUAACGUUAGUUUUGGAACAUUUUUCCGGCUCUUUGUCAUUAUGGGCGUUUUCUGGAUAUUUGAAAUCAUUUCCUAUUUUGGAUAUACUAUCUUCGACAUAUCAAUGAAGUUUAAUAAUAUGAUUACUUGUUGUCAAGGUAUCAUUUUAUUUGUAGCAACAAUUUUGAGAAGAGAUGUGUUGAAAGCGUUGGCUAAUCGACUUCGUAUUGGAAAUACCAAAAUAAAAAUGGCACAUCAGGUCCACAACAUCAGCCAGAAUGGAAAUUGUUUUAUCGUCACAACCAAUUCUAACUAAAGACAUCGAAGAACCUCAUUUAUAAGAGAAUAUACAAAUAACAUAUUGUUAGAAAAUGUACUUAUUAUUUUAAUACCCGCUACCCAUAGGGUAGAAACAGAA